AUGGCAUCCAAGAAGGGUAUGGCAAUUGCUAGCCUUGUGCUUAGACUUUUCACUAUUUUAUUUGCAGCUGGCUGUAUAGUGGUUCUCAUACUAGACAAGGCUCCCAACGGUGGAGAUUCCAAUGUAACAUUCAGGGAUGUCAUUGGUUACAAGUAUGUUUUCGCCACCGCUGCUGUUGCAGCAGCCUAUUGCCUAUUGCUGUUACCCUUUACAAUGUACCGUGCUUGUACCGGAAAGAAGCUCGUUCGUGGUCCUUUCUUGCCUGCCUUGUACUUUUAUGGAGACAAGGUGGUUGCCUUUGUUUUGGCAUCGGGUGUUGGUGCCGGUUUUUUGGACACUGCGGAUCUGAAAGUAGCUUAUGGUUAUUUCUUCGAAUUAUUCGGGGAAGAUUUCAAGGAUACUCCCUUGGAAGGUUUCUUUAACAAGGGAUAUGUGGCGACGGCUCUUCUAGCAGGUGCAUUCUUAUGCAUGGCUAUUCUUUCAAUAUUUUCCUUCCCCCGCCGACCCCCCACCGACGCCACAAACAAAGGUUUCUUCUUCCGAUGA